AUGUAUGGCGAAAGGAUUGAUGGUGAUAAUGCUCAAUAUACAUCUUCCAGGAGGAAGAACGUUGAAGAUAUAGCAUUACCAAAACUACCUCCAUUAAGAACGCGGCCCUCGAAUGACAGUCAAAUUAAUUACCAACAGAAUGACCAAUAUAAACCAAGUACUCCAUUGAGAGAUCCAUCUAGUUCCUCAGAGGUUGGUAGAGAACAUAUUUCAUCGAGAAAUACACCGGCUAACGUCAAAAGUCCUACUUCUAGACGAGCAUUACAAGGUAAGACGUCUACAAUUCGGAGGCGGCCACCACCGCCGCCUCCUCCUCCUUCUCGAUCUUCUUUGGCAAAUUACAGUAGCGUUACAUCUCCUAACUCUUCAUAUUCAAGCUACUCACCUUUAACGCCAGAACAAAAUUUAAAUAACAGCAUGUCACCAUAUGAUUCGCCGUUUGUUAGUAAACCCAACAGAAAUUCCUAUUUGACCUCUCAACAUAAAAGUCAAGUAUUUUCUUCAAAUACAGUUGAAUAUCCUUCCCCAUUUGUUACAGAUUUGCAACAGAACACUAGAAUAUCCUCAACAACCUCCCAAAACGAUCGAUAUGAACCUAUAUCAAAAGCACAAGGCAUUGAUCAGAUUGGUAAUACUAAUCCUUCUAAAUAUGCAAGCUUAAUAGAUCCUAAAAAUGAUUCGACCAAAGUUGGAAUGACCAUUGAUACUGAUAUCGGGUUUUAUAAUAGACCUCCCCGACCAAUACCAAAUUCUCGAGUUGUAAGUGAAGUCAGUAGACAAUCGGAUGGAAUAGAUAGUUAUUAUUCUGACUCUAAUUAUACCUUUAACAAUUCUAGUGCACGUCAUAGCAGUUAUAAUUCUUUUUCUGGUGCCAAACCUUUAGAGAUGAUUCCAAGUAUAACAACUCCGACACAACCAUUCCAUAUAGAUUUCUUAGAUGAGAAUAAACUGUAUCAAUGUUAUUGUGUCUACCGUUUAUCAGAUAUUUAUGAGUGGAUUUUAAAGAUAUAUUUCGAAUGGUUCAAUGAAUAUGUUUUUGGAAAACUUGAAUUUUAUCAAGUUGUACAAAGAUUAUUGGAAUUUCAAGUUCCAAGUUCAUAUGAUCAGGAUACCAUAGAUUCUAAUGUUGAUAAAAUUAUAGAAUCAUUGGUUAUUCAAGAUGCAGUACGAUUCGAGAAAAGAAGCCAAUCACAACAAGGAUUCGAUAAAACAAUAGAUACAAUAGAUGGUGACUUUACUGUGAUUACUGGUGGUCUUGAUGUUCAGGGUAUAUUUACGGAAUUGUUACCUUGUUAUUCCUUUGCAGAUACGACAUAUGAACAAAGUUGCCCUUCGUUAUGCUACUCAUUCACAUGUAUGAAUAGUCACUCUCAUGGUAAGAGGAAAGAAGUUAAGAUUGCCGAUAUUAUUAAAAAACCAUUGGGAUUAUGGACAGAUUAUUGGCAUAUAUCCUCUGAAGAAUUAAGUGAGAUUAAUCCACAUGAAAUUCAAAGACAAAGUUUUAUCUUUGAUUUGAUUAUUCUAGAAGAGAGAUCAUUAAAUAUGGCAAACGCUGCCGUUGAUGUAUAUGGAAAAAGGUUCGAUCCUAAUUUAUUACCUGAUGAACCUGAUUUCUCAGAUUUAGCUUUUGAAGUUUUUCGACCUCUAAUUAAUAUUCACAAGACGUAUAUUCUUGAACCUAUAUUUCGUAAAAUCGAGAUUAAGGGAAAAUUUAUUGAUGGUAUAGGGAAAAUAUACUUGAAAUGGUGUAAUGAGGCCCGUGAACCUUAUCUAAGAUAUGCAAAGUCUAUGGCAACUGUACACGAAAUUAUAAAAUGGGAGAAACAACAUGGUACUAAAUUUUCAAAAUGGUUAGAUGAAGUUGAUCAUUCUCCUGAAAUUACAAGAUCGAAAAUGUAUUAUGAUGUUAUUUUUUUUGGUGGUUAUUUUAAGUCGUUGCAGAACAUGACUGUUACCUUGAGCUCUAUCCUAAAAGUAACCGAUCCAUCUCUGGAUGAUUAUGAUUACUUAAAAAUGGUGAUAAAAGAUAUUGAAAAAUUAAGCUCAGAAGUUGAUAGAAUACAUGGUGAUGCCAUUGAUCGCCGGAAGUUGUUAAGAUUUUCCAGUCAGCUACUAAGAGAUAAUCCUUCUAAAGGUGCCUUACAUGGCUAUUCAAACGUUUUGAAUUCCAGUAACAGUGAUUCGAAUUACGGCAAUACAACGAACGAUUCUCUGGAUAUAGGUAUAAAUAACCCAGAUAGAAAGUUAAUUUUAAGUGGAAAAGUUUUGAAAAAGAGAGAGCUUUGGCUGGAUCCAUCACCCGUCUUCCUGGUAUUAUUGGACAACUAUCUUUUAGUUACUGAGACAGUCAUCAAAAAUGAAAAUAAAAAGUACAAGCUGGUUGAAAGACCUAUCCCGAUCGAUUAUCUUAAUCUAGAAAAGAAAGUUAAGUAUGAUGACUCCCAAAGUGUUCUUUCUACGAACAAAAGAGAUUCCAAAAUAUACUCUUCUAUGACUCCAUCGACCCCCUUAACGGGUGCGAGACCAACACUGUUUAGUGCAGCCUCUAAUGUCUCCAGGACGAUUGUGUCAUCGAAUGAGAGGGAAGGUCGAGCUGGUAUUUCGAACAUUCAACCUUCUGAAUCUGAACUAUCUUUCAAGAUUCGAAAUACAGCCACCAAUGAAUCUAUGACAUUCAUUGCUUCCAACCUGGGUGAUAAGGAUCUAUGGAUCAAGAAAAUAAUGGGAACUUUACAAAAUAAUGAAAAAGAUGACAAUAAAAAUGUGCUGGACUUUUUUGUAGUCUCAACUCAAUUUUCAUACUCAGAUAAAGAUGCACCAGUUAAUUUGCCGGUUGCUCCAGAAGGAUCUGAAAUAGAUUCAGCAUUAAAAAUAUACGAGGUGAAUAAUAGAAAGAAUAGUAACGUAAGAAACUUUCCAAUGGUUACUAAUAUUUUAUGCACUGAACAAUUCGAGUUUGAAGAUGAAAAAUUUUUACUUGUAGCUACUUCGGAUGGUAUUUUGAUUAGAUUAGACAAUGGCGUGGAUGCUCCUUUUGUAAAAGUCAUCCAAUGUUGCUUUGUUAACAAAAUGGAAGUUAAUAAAAAAUUAGGUCUAUUAUUUGUAUUAGAUGAUAGGAAUUUAUGUUAUUUCAAUAUCCCAAGUAUAUUUGGGGCUUAUUAUGAUAGAAAGAAAUAUUUAUCGAAUAAUUUAAUAGUCGGUGUUGUCCUGAGGGAUAAAGUCGGAUAUUUUAAAUUUGCUAGUGAUUUUGGACACUCAAGGCAUUUACUGUAUGAAAGAAAGGGGAAAAUAGUGAUUUUAACACCUGAAUUUGAUAAUGUAACCAAAGUUUUCAAAUAUUUUAAAGAAUAUAAGGAGUAUAAGCUACCAUCUAACGGCCUAACAAGACUUGAGAUCUAUGACAUUGUUAUAUUCAAAAAAUGUUUUAUUGUGUGUACAAUUAAGGGGGCAUUAUUAUAUCGAGAUGUAUUUGGUGAAGAAGGCAUUCUCUUACCAACUUUUUAUAAUGAUUCAACUAUGAAAAAUGACACAAAUUCAGGCCUUUUUAACUCUAAUUUAUUCAAGUCUAACAGUGACGUACCAUCUCACGCAGAUACUUCGAAACAUAAAAUGGCAGAAUAUGUGAAAAGAGACAUAGCUACUAAUAAAACAAAACCUUUGACGUGUUUUGAGUUGAACGACGGUAGUGGGAACUAUUUAAUGAUUUACGACGAAGCAGUAGUGAAGGUGAAUAAUCAUGGUGAAAUACCUGAUUGGACUGAAGAUAUAUUAAUCUUGGAUUUUUACUGUACUGGGGCAUGUUAUUUUAAGGAUCAUUUGAUUCUUGUAGGAGAUAGUUUAAUCCAGAUUUACUCUUUACGAAACUUCAAUACAGUAUUAAGCAAGAUAAUACCGAACCAAAUUAUAAAAGGAAAAAAGGUACUUUUGGUUAGCUCUUCUGGAAAUAACGAAUUUAAGGUUGUUUUGAGUCAUCCUGACAUUCCAAGUAGACAGUUAUUAAUGACCUGUGAUCUCGUAUAUACACAAACAGGAGAAAUAUAA